CGCAAUCUGGUUUUAUAACCGUGUGCAUACACAUAUCCGCUUGGCCACGAGCUUCGGCUGCACUUAGCCAACUUAAAUAAUUAAUCGUUAAAGAGCUGCCUAUCCCAACAAAGUGAUAAUGUGAAUCAGAGCAUUUAAAAGAAAACGUAGUAAUAAGCCAAGUAGACUUUAGCGUUCGACCGAUAUUUAUUUCCCAAGCGCGACUUGGAAUUGCCUAUGCGUGUGUGCCAGCCCCUGCAUGUGUGUGUGCGCUUUGGAAUGUGGCCCUGCACGAAAUUCAAAUCCAAAUAGUGACCAUCCUUGAGAUUCGCCGCACACUUGCAAGAUGGACGAGCACACACUCAACGACCUGUUGGAGUGCUCCGUGUGUCUGGAGCGACUGGACACCACAUCGAAGGUGCUGCCCUGCCAGCACACCUUCUGCCGCAAAUGCUUGCUGGACAUUGUGGCCAGCCAGCACAAGCUGCGCUGCCCGGAGUGCCGCAUCCUGGUCUCUUGCAAAAUCGAUGAGCUGCCUCCCAACGUCUUGCUGAUGCGAAUCUUGGAAGGCAUGAAACAAAAUGCGGCAGCUGGCAAAGCGGACAGUAAAGGCGAGGAGAUCGAAUCGCAGCCGGAAAAGACCAAGACUCAGCCUUCAGCGGAACCAGUGGCCCCGCCUGGCAACCAACUCCUCCAUCAGCAGACACUUCAGUCUUCUCAGCAGCCGGCCCGCAACAAGCAGCGCCGCUUUCUACUUCCCCACGCCUAUGCCCUCUUCGACUUCGCCUCCAGUGAAGCCACCGAUCUGAAGUUCAAGAAGGGAGAUCUAAUAUUGCUUAAGCACCGUAUAGACAACAACUGGUUUGUGGGUCAGGCCAACGGCCAGGAGGGCACCUUCCCCAUAAACUAUGUGAAGGUUUCGGUGCCGCUGCCCAUGCCGCAGUGCAUCGCCAUGUAUGACUUCAAGAUGGGGCCGAACGAUGAGGAGGGGUGUCUGGAGUUCAAGAAGAGCACAGUGAUCCACGUCAUGCGCCGAGUGGACCACAACUGGGCAGAGGGACGUAUUGGCCAGACCAUUGGAAUCUUUCCUAUAGCAUUCGUUGAGCUGAACGCAGCUGCCAAGAAGCUGCUAGACAGCGGAGUUAAAAACGUAAACCAUCCAACGUGCCAUCCGUCGCAGCAGCAGGGACAGCGAGCGCUACCCCCAGUUCCGGUAAUAGAUCCCACAGUGGUCACGGAAUCAAGCUCGGGAUCAUCUAACUCCACGCCGGCCAGCAGUAAUUCCAGCUCAACAUCCAGCUCGAAUAAUUGCAGUCCGAAUCAUCAGUCGUCGCUGCCAAACACACCUCAACACGUGCUGGCUUCUGGAUCGGCUUCGGUUCGUUUCCGAGACAAGGGAGCCAAAGAAAAAAGGCACUCACUUAAUGCCCUGCUGGGAGGAGGAGCUCCUUUAAGUCUGCUGCAGACCAACCGCCAUUCGGCCGAGAUUCUGAGUCUUCCCCACGAGCUGAGCCGCCUGGAGAUAACUAACAACUCCCCGGUUCCAAAACCUACAUCCGUAUCGCAAUCCUCGCGCGUGCUUAAGACAAAUGUGCAGCAGCAAGUGCCGCCUAAUUUGCCCUGGGGAUACUUGGCCCUCUUCCCGUACAAGCCACGUCAAACAGAUGAGCUGGAGCUUAAGAAGGGUUGUGUUUACAUUGUGACCGAACGAUGCGUGGACGGUUGGUUUAAGGGUAAGAACUGGUUGGACAUCACCGGGGUAUUUCCGGGUAACUACCUGACUCCCCUACGCACCCGCGACCAGCAGCAGUUAAUGCACCAGUGGAAAUAUGUGCCCCAAAGCUCGGAUGUCCAACAACCACAUCCCCAGCAGCAACCCGUUGCACCAGAUGUGCGGCUAAACAAUAUGCUUCCCAUGCAGCCACCAGAUUUGCCACCUCGACAGCAGCAGGCCACCGCCACUACCACCAGUUGCUCCGUUUGGACAAAGCCAGUGGAGGCACUUUUCAGCAGAAAAUCGGAACCUAAGCCCGAAAGUGGCGCAGCCUCCGCUACGAGCAGCAGUUCCUCAUCGGGGGCAGUGGGUCUUAUGAGGCGAUUAACUCAUAUGAAAACCCGCUCUAAAUCCCCCGGAGCAUCACUGCAGCACUCACCCAAGGAUGUGAUCAGUCCCAACGUAGAAACUACAACUAAAGCAGCAGCUAAAUUGCAUCCAGUGCAUGUGAGAUCCGGCUCGUGCCCCAGUCAACUGCAGCACAGUCAACCGCUAAAUGAAAUUCCAACAACGAAGCCAGCACCACAACAUCAGCAAUUUCUUCCCAAGCAACUGCCUGCUCCGACCAACAGCUACGGCUCGCAGCGCCUCAAAGGCAACAAGGAUCGUCCUCCCUUGAUUUGUGCUAGACAAUCCUUGGAUGCAGCCACAUUUCGCAGCAUGUACAGCAAUGCAGCGUCGCCUCCACCGCCUGCUUCCUCUGUGGUUCCUGCUAUCUAUGCAGGUGGACAGCAGCAGGCGCUGCCUGGAGGAGGACCGCAGUCCCAGUUGCACGCCAACAUGAUCAUUGCACCCAACCACCGGAAGUCGCACAGCCUUGAUGCGGGACAUGUGCUGAGCGCCCCCAGUAGCAACGUGAUUACGGAGGCGGCCAUAAAGGCCAGUGCCACCACGAAGUCAGCUUACUGCACGAGGGAAAGCCGCUUCAGAUGCAUUGUGCCUUAUCCUCCGAACAGCGAUAUCGAAUUGGAGCUUCAUUUGGGCGACAUCAUCUAUGUCCAGCGCAAGCAGAAGAACGGCUGGUACAAGGGCACUCAUGCCCGCACCCACAAAACUGGACUGUUCCCCGCCUCCUUUGUCGAACCCGAUUGUUAAGUCGUCCAGGCCCAGGACAAACUAUAACUUAUUAAGCGAAAUUCAAAAUGAAUUACCUAAAUUGAUUCGAUCGCCGGUCGAUUCGGGCUUCCAGUUCUCGCAAUCUCCUAUUACUCUUUUUAAAAAAGAAACCGUUUCGUACUCUUCCACUCGAAUGCGCAGCUCGCCGAUGUACUUUUUAUACGAUCCCUAAUCAAAAUAGGCUAGCCAUGUAAGUCUUAAGGACCAAUUACUUAAGCCCUAGCCAUAAGUUAGCUAGAGAAACAAUAUAAGCGAUUCUUGUGCUCUCUACGAAGUUAUUUGUAAUAUACGAUUUUCAGUAAUA